GUGUGUUUUCAGGGUUCAGGUGCCUGGGGAACAGUAACCCCAGAGCAACCAAGCCAGGGCCUGCUGGACCUCCUCCCACCUCUUCCCAUAUCAAGGCCCAGCAAGCAGGGUGGGAGCUGGUGAGCUUUCCAGUUGGCCCAGGCUUGGUUCCAGCAGCAGCGCUGCUUCUCCAGGCCCUAGGUUGCUCAGCUUCCCUCCUCACUUAGCAACCGGGAGUCUGUGGACGCCACCAAACAGCAACCGGGAGGCUGCAAGGAGCUGAGGAACCAGGGGAGGAGGAAGGGAGGUGCCCAGCCCAGGUACCCACGCUGCAGCAAAGCCACCGCUAGCCCGCAUCUGCACCUGCAGCGGGGUCGGAAAAGGAUUCUGCAAAAAUGAGCCAUUCUCACCCCGCUGGAUUACUUGCAACAUAUAAUAGCCUCACGGAUAAACACCUGGCUGGGUAUUUUAACAAUACCAGGAUCAGGCGGCACCUCCUAAGAUCCGGGCUGAUCACAAGGAGUGGAAGGAUACUUUCUGAAAAGGAGUAUAGAGUUAACAUCAUGAAGCAGGACCAACAGAAGUACAUCCGGGAGUGCUUAGCACGGGCCAUUUUCCACAAAGUCCUUGAUAUGGAGCGCCACCACCAGCUUGAAAUAAAAAAGAAACUGGAUACCUUAGCAAGGAAAGAACAGAUUCAGAGGCUGAAGGGAGAACACACAAGACGAUUUGUUGAGGAUAACACGCCCAUUCUGACUCCCCACCCCCCAGCUGGCCCAAAGACUCAUCGUGGCCAUAGCGUUCUGGCUGAGGAAGGAUAUUCUAGUCCAUUAGCACUGACAGCCCCUCGACCAUAUACUGCACCAGGAAAAAUGCAGCCUCCGAUUCGAUUGCAGCCUCUUCUCAGUCAUCGCACAACGAGAAAUAGUUCAAAGAUAACUUCAGGGUCCAAACCCAAAGCCUCAUUGCUGGAUGCUCCAUUUCCUAUUGGGGGCAAGAAGGCAAUGAUGAAGUUCAGGAACUACAUGGACUACUCCCAGAGGGAGGAGCGCUACCAACUUCCAAACAUUCACAGCUACCAGAUACCUGUUCACCUGACACCCCAGCCCCAAACAGCAAAGAACUUCAGGGAGAGCAGGUUGGAGCCUUGGAGGAGGAAGAAGCUGCGUCCCAUCACGGCUCCCAAUGGCCUAGAGCCUCUCUUCACCAGGGAUCCGGGAAGGAUUUAUAAAAUAGCACCACAUAGCAAUGCAGUUAUUACAAUGGCCUAUUUUGGAAAAAAUGUGCACCUAUCUUAUGAAGACACAGACUUCCGAGAUGAAAUCAAGAUUUACCAGCAGCACUGUGGAGGAGAGAACCUUUGUGUCUACAGUGGGAAACUUCUUGAGAAAGACACAUUUCAGUUCAUCUCCAAGCGGCACCAUGGCUUCCCCUUCAGCCUCACCUUCUUCCUGAACGGGAUCCAGGUGAACAGGCUCAGUUCCUGCUGCGAGUACAAGCACCGCCGGAGCUCGCGGCUCGGAGGCAAAAGAGGCUACUUUGGGUUUGUGUGUGUGGAGAAGGCAUCUCCUUGCUACAGGUGCAUUCUUGCAAUGGGCCUUGACAGAAAACCAACUUCUUCAGUGAAAUGUAGGAAGGAAAGGACCACUGAGAAAAAGGAGGAGUCACCAAAGAGGAGUCAGGGGAAACUAAGGAAAGACAGAGAUCACAUGACAUCAAGAAGAAGUGAGCUGGAGGGGAAAGAAACCUCCAUCUCAGCUGUGUGUUCAGUUGAGGAAAUAAAAUCAGGAGUCGGAGACGUGAGGACAGCUAUAGAGGAAAUGGAAUGGAAGGACAAGGAAGAACAGGAAGAGUGGGAAGACGACCAGGAAAGCACUGUUAAAUACGAGUAUGAAGAAGAUUUCGAAAUAGACGAGGAAAAACCGGAUGAGGGAGCCGACGACCAGAUGAGUGUAACAUCCAAGUCACCCUCUGAAGAUGAAAAUGAUAACGUGAUCCCUGAGCAGGCUAUGGGAAGCUCUUCAGGGCUGGCCCUAGAUGCCAGUGCUGGUGGGGACCACAAGGACGAUGAGUGCCCAGACAGUGAAGACGAUAAACAAGAUGUUAAAACCAUUUCACCGACCUCAUCUAGAAGUCACCCGUACUCCAGUGAAAGCGAGGAUGAGCUCACCGAGGCCGGCGUGGAAGCCCGCUCCGGAACCAGUGCAGGAAGCUCCCAGACUUCCUCGUCUCACGACCUACAGGAACAUGACCAAAAAAAACCCCACUUUCCAGGCGAGGAGUCAUUGGAAGCCGAGAUCGAAGAGCAAGAAAUCACAAAAACAGAUGCGGAUAAAGAACCUCUGUCGACAGAGGCCAGCUAUACUCACAUUACUGAGGAAGAACCAGUGAAGGAAACCCAAGAGUUUACGAAGAGUGAAAACGAGAAUUUCAGGCAGCCUGCUUCUCCAGAGGCAAAUGCUAAGAGUCCACUCCAGGGCGAAGGUGCAGCUAUGGAGGAGGACAGAAAAGCGGGCCUCCUUGAGGUGGAAGAAGAGGUUGGACAGAUAGCAGGUGAUGCCCAGGCCCCUGUCCAUGACCGCUCUAAUGCUGCAUCUGGAUUUAGCACCGCAGAGGGCAGAGUGAUGGCCAUGAGGAAACCAGAGGCCCCUUUGGACAGAGUGGAAAAGGAAGGAAGAGCCAUGAGCUCAAAUGAGCACCCCAAGCAAGCUGCACACGAGGUGUGCACGCUGAAGGAAGAAGCCAUGGAGAAAGAUGGAUUUUCCCAGUCUGGGGAUGCCGACUUCUACGUGGGACUGAAGGAGGAAGCAGGGAUGGAGGGAGGUGACGCCUACCAUACCCAGGAUGCUGAUAUGAAUGUGGGACUGAGGGAGGAAGCCCAUGUUGCAGAUGUUCCCUUAGGGGAGAGGAGCCCCACAGGAGAGCAGCCAGCACCAGCAAAAGAGUCUACAGGGAGAGUGGAACAUUUUCUGAGCAUAGAUAAUGAGGCAGAGGCAGGCACAGAAGGGAGUAGCAGGCUUAGAGAGGAGCAGUUAAUGCCCACAGGAAAAGUAGCAGCGGGCAGCUCUGUGUUUCUAACUGUAGACCAAACUCUGGACAGGCAGAGGGAUGUGGAUUCCACCAGGAAGGCCUUGCUGCAGACAGCGAUGGAAAAAGAACAGCCAGUGUCUGAAGGGGAGCAAGAACUGGAGGAGGCAGCACUCACAGACAGCACAAAGCUCAGCCCAGGGACUCUUGGGGACACAGCAGUUCUGAAAGAAGCAGGGCUUUCUGAAGUUGAGGCAGAGAGGAAGGUGGGUUCCUCCAAACAGGUGGAGGAACAAAGCAAAGAGGGAGCUCUUACAGAGUUAGAGGGCAUGGGGUCUAUAGCGGACACAGCACCAGAGAGAGAGGACAGUUCUGAAGUGGAAAUUCUUGGGGGACAUAAAGCAGCCAUGGAGAGGGAGGAUGUUCUGGAAGCUGAAGCACCCUUGAGCUCCUCAAGAGGAGAGGUGUGGGCAAACCCCAGGGAGGUUUGCCAGGGCAACCAUGAGGGACUCUGUAAGGCAGACAUAGCAAGGGAGGGAGUCAUAGCUGACACAGAACUCACCCUGCAACAGGAUCUGCAAGCAGUGCUCCCUGGGGAAUUAGCUGCAGCUGGAGACAUGGAGAAAGCUGAGAGGCCCCCGGUACCUCUGAGGGAAACUGGAUCUGAAAGAGAAGAGGUGACUGAGGCCACUGUGCUGAAGCCAGAAGACCUGUUAAAAGAGCAAAAAGCUGAAGGGGAGGAGGAGGGAACGGAGGUGAGUUUUGAGAAAGAGGCCCGGGCAUCUCCUGAUGAGAGGAAGGCUGAUGCUCAGGAGGCAGAAUCUACAUCCACAACUGAGCUGGGUGAGGCGACAAGGCUUCUAGGAGAGCCACCCAAGCAAGAAAUAGUCGCCUUGCUUGAAGCAACACUUCACCUUGGAAAACCGCUGGAAGAGAGUGAGGCCACAGAGUAUAAGAGACAAGAAGGGCUGCCAAGCCAGCAGAGUGAGGCUAUGUCUCAGCCCUUCAGGGUGCCCAACCAUGAUGGAGAGGGGCUGAUAGAAGCUCCUGGACCUGAGCCAGCAGACAAAGCUCUGCCACCAGAGAGCUUUUCCACAGCGGGAAGUGAAGAGUGGCCUUCUGAGGAGCUAGACAGUCAUGCUGAAGUAGAGAGAUUGGAUGGAGGCAGGCCUUUGCAAGUGCAAGGAGGGGACAUCAUGAAAGUGACCCAGGGAAAUCUUCUUGAGGAAAGGCUCACCAAGGCUGGGCUGUUCAGCAGAGAAGCUGAGGGGGCGAAGCUCCAGGAAGAGCAGGAUGGGGCUAGAGAGAGCCCUCCAGGGACACAACCUGACAGCCUCACUGGGCAGAGCGGGGCCAUGGGAGGAGACACAGUUGAGGCUGAGGAGGGUCUGCAGACAGGAGGACUUGAAGAAACAGCUGCAGCACAGGGGAUGGUAUCCACAGAGUCUGAGUCAGCUGGUGGGGAUUCCGAGGCUUCCUCCUCUGCAGAUGCCCGGAAGGAAACCUGGGGCACAGCAGGAGAGACUCCAGGAGAAUCAGCAGCUGAAGAAAGGGCAGUGGCUGAGGACAUGGCACCAGGAACCACCAAGGAGAAGGCUCGAGAAGUGCAGGACUCAAGGCCAGGGAAGGGUAGAGAGGCAGGGGACACGGAGGCUUUUCAGCAUGCAGGUACAGCUGGGGAGGAGGCAGGGACAAGGCUGCUGGAUGCCGGACAACAAGCAGGAGCAGCUGAAGUGUUCAGAGGCUCAGUGUCUCAGAGAGCGUUGGAGCUUAGCAGAGCUUGUCUAGAGGCAGCACCUCCCAGGAAGCUGGAUUUCUCCAGAACCCAGCAGAAUCCCCUGGAGAAACUGCAAGGAGAACAUGAGGGUGCAGAUAUUCCUGUGACCACAGCUGAGUAGGAGAUUCCAUGAUGGCUGGCAGGCGUCGGUGUGGUUGUUUGCACGGGUCUCCUCCUGCAGGGUGGGCUUCACUGGUGUGUGCUGCAUGCCUUACAGGCAGCCUUCAGUUCCGUGCUGCUCAGCCCCAGGCUGGCCUGAAGGGUCUGGUGGACAUAGGGAAGGGGCUAAAGCACAGUAGGCUGACCAGCUCUCUGUGAUCCUUCAUUCAUGUCCCAUCUUUGUAAGCGGGGUUCCCUGAAGUGAGGUUGGUGUGUCUCACAGGACCCAGGAGAAACACACACAACAUACAGAGAAGGGGGACAUUGAGGAGCUGGGGCAGGAGAAAGAUUAUGACUCAAAUACAUUAUGUGAGAAUUAAAAAAAAAAAAAAAAAAAGAUACAGAAAAGAAUGUGUCCUCAGCUCCAGGCCCAGAAACAAAGGGUUACAAAUCGCUUCCAUAUUACCUUUCUUUCACACACAUAUAAAAUCCACACCCCCAACUCCUCCCACCACUCUAGAGUUUUGAAGGAUGAAAUAAAGCUUACCUGUGGCCAUUUAAUCUUGAACUGCUUCUGUGCUUUUACCUCUGAUGUAUUAUAAGUGUAUGUUUAAUAAGUGUACGUGUUCUAUGAAUAGGUUACAAAUACUGUAUAUAUAGUUAAUAUACAAUGUUUAGAUACCUACUUUUUCAAUAGUGUAAGCAAACACCAAAAUAUAUGUAUUUUCCAUAUUCUGUGUUUCUGAGAGAGCAGCACAUCAUUAGUGCCUAGUCUAUUAUUUUGAGUGAUUUUAUCACAGUGCUACUUUUUUUUCUUUCCAGAUAUUGUGAAACUGUCUUGGUUAAGCCGUCUUUGGUUAGCAGUGGCAGAGUGGCAACAGACUGAGUUAGGCUCCUCACCAGGAGUUUAGGUUUUCUUUUAACUCUCUCCUAGCCUGUGUUGGUCUCAAUCUGUAGGCACUGGUCAGUAGGUUAGUAACUAAGGCUCAGGAAGAUUUGCGCUCUAGGGAGAUGUGGCCCCAGACAGAGAACUUGGGGGCUGGGGGGCAAGGGGAUUAAACUGUACACAGACAGGGUGUCUAUGUUUAAAUCAAAGUGAUGUAUUUUUCAAAUAUUUGACUUUUACCAAAGAUUACCAGAAAGUGAACCCUGAUGGCUUAGUUUUGUUGAAGUUGCUUUUCAUUUAGUAAGUAAAUAGUACUCCCAAUUUCUUGCAUGGGGAUUGUGUCUUAACCACCUGGUAUUUGGAAAUUCACUGUCUCUUGGAAAUGUUCAUGGUUCUUAUUUACACCUGAGGGUGUGGUGGGUAGAGGAAACCUUUCUGAAAAUGCCCUCUGUAUGUGUCUGUAUUUGGUUUUCUCUGUAGACUAGAAAAGCGUGGCUCUCAGCACUUUGUCUUUGGGAGAGAUAUCUACCAGUCUGCUCAAAUGUAAAUGAAAUCAGUAUAUAAUCUGGGUAACAGUGAGGAGGGUGAUGACUGCAAUGGGAAGAUGUGGUCCAACAUGUCCUCCAUUCUCUGUACCUGACAUCAUCCUGAAGCUCAGCAGCCCACACUCCCACCCUAGCUCUGUUGUUUCAAGCCCUAGCUGCCCCGAAGCUCACAUUGAGGCAGCAGUCACAGCCACUGUCCUGAUGGUUCCCUAUGUUAUUUCCUAGUCCCAGCUUAUCCUGUUCUGGGGCUGGGUCUCCUUGAAGACAUCUACAGACCAUGCUUCAAUGCUCACACUGUUGACCCCAUUCUACAAGGGAGCAAUUGUCUAGCCAGGAGGGGACGCAGCCUUUCAUGUGGGCCCUUUUAAGACUGAACUCAUUCUCCAACGCAAAACUUCAGUUAUAUCUGGUUUUAAAUGAACCUAAGCAUCAAUAGUCAACAUUUUACUUGAUUCUAAAAUGUAGCCAAGGUUGAGAACCCCUUCUCCAAGCCACCUGACAGUCAUGCUGUCUGCCAUCUGCUCUGUGUUGCUACUGUCAAGGUGUCCUGCUACUACAGAUGGUUUUCAUUUUGACGAACAGUGGAGCUUUUUGAUAAACACUGAUGCACCAGAGCAGACUUACUGGAACUGAGAGUGCAUGGGCCAUUUUAUCACAAAUGUUAUCACCUGGAACUGACCACCUGCUCUCAUAAUUAGAAACUGCAUAGAGUGCUGGGCGUGGUGGGAGGGGCAGGGCCACAAACUGUGGUUCUACCAAACUGUGGGGGGUGAUUCUAAAGUAUUCCAAAGCAUGAUGCUGUUCAGAUAGAUCACUGGUUACAGUGAGUUCUGGCUGGAAACAGAUUGCAGCAGCAUUGCCAAGUUCAUCUUGGUCUCCUUGACUUUUCUGAUCCGAAUGUCCUCCUGUGUUGUGAAAAGGAGAUGGUGACCACCAUAAAACUGCUGAAUCCACCCUUCAGUUCACUUCAGUGUGACUGUAUGGAGUGUAUUUGGAAGACUUUCCUCUCCUCGUGGAGGAGGAACAAGUCAUUGAAAUCUGGCCUUAGUCUCCCUGCCCUGUGCUCUGUUCUGUGCCUGGAUCUUUUCUAGUCCCAUCAGCAUACUGUGACCUCUACAGGACUUCCCUGGUGUUAUUCCCCCCCAGGCCACACAGCACUUUAAACACAGCGCUGAAGAAAAAGGCUGCAAGCUCCUUAAUCACUUUGAAAAAUGAGCUUUGUACAAUGUGCUAAAUGGAAACUGCAUUGGAUUAUUUUUGUAUUUAACACCUUCCAUCAUCCAGGCCUAUAGCAGAAUCUAUAAUCUGCAUGUGGGUUUAACUGUGAAAUUCAGUGUUGUGAUGUUUUGAUUGAGUAAACUUUAUCUUUGCAAAUAUUACAUCAAUAAAAUUAUGUUUAGUGAAACUG